UUAACUUAUAUCCAAAUUCGAAACAUUUUAACUCGCAAUAGUAACUGAAAAGAAUGCUCCUAAUUGAAUUUAUUCCCCUCUUACUAUUUAUAUGGCUACCAAUUGCGAUAUAUUAUUGGGGCCUGCAUAGAAGCCUUUAUUGGAAGCGCAGAAAAAUUCCUUCAAUAGAAUCUAAACCUCUGGUUGGUAGUAUAUCAGGAUUGUUGACGUUUAAAAUGUGUGUAGCGGAACAGUUCAACGAUUUUUAUUUCGAUGAAAAGACAAGGCACAAACCAUUCAUUGGCAUUCAUAUGUUCCAUAAGCCAGCUAUCAUACUCAGAGAUACGGAAUUGAUAAAACGUAUCUUGGUCAAGGAUUUCACAGCCUUUUCUAAUCGGUACUGUUCUGCUGACGAACACAAUGAUAUUUUGGGAAAUACGAAUCUAUUUUUUCUCAAUUCACCUGGCUGGAAUGAUCUACGUACACGACUUACUCCAUUGUUUUCAAGCGGGAAAAUUAAGCACAUGUUUCACUUAAUGAAAAGCAUUGGAGAUCAACUGAGUGACAUUAUGGGAUCCAUGGAUAUAAAUGGAAAAACUCGUUCAUUCUGUGUUGACGUUAAAGAACUUUGCACUCGAUAUACAGUCGAUGUGAUUGCUAGUUGUGCCUAUGGACUGGAAGCGAAUUCACUCAAAUAUCCCAAUGGCGAUUUCGUCACGUAUGGAAAGAAAAUAUUCGAAUUUCAAAUAUUCCGAGCGGUUGAAUUUUUUGCUGUAUUUUUCUUCCCGGAAAUUGUUCGAUUGUUUCGGUUUAAGGUUUUUUCGAAGGAAACCAGCGAAUUCUUACGUGGAUCCAUAAACUUUGUGUUGAACGAACGUGAAAAGUCGGGUAAUAAGCGACAAGACUUGAUAGACACUCUUCUGACUCUUAAAAACGAGGAUAAGAAUAAAGCUCAAACUGAUACGUCGAGAUAUGUUUUUCAAGACGAUGUGUUAGUUGCUCAAGCUGCUGCAUUUUUUACCGGUGGUUAUGAGACAAGUUCUUCUACUAUGUCCUUCGCUCUGUACGAGUUGUGUUGGAAGCCAGACAUACAAAAGCGACUCAGAGCCGAAAUUAAGGAAGUUCUGACUAAAUCCAGUGGUAAUCUUGGCUACGAAGAUAUUCAAAACAUGAAUUACUUAAAUAUGGUCGUGCAAGAAAUUCUGAGAAUGUAUCCAUCGCUCCCUUUUCUCGAUAGAGUUUGUAACGCCACCAAUGGAUACUCCUUGGAACCAUUUCAGGAUUUUGUUAUUCCGAAAGGGAUGCAAGUAAUCAUUCCCAUAUAUGCAAUUCAUAGAGACUCCAAGCACUUUCCGCAUCCAAACGAAUUCGAUCCGGAACGUUUCUCCGCUCAAAACAAAAACAACAUAAAACCGUACACAAUGAUGCCAUUCGGUACGGGACCGCGAUCAUGCAUCGGUGAACGAUUCGGUUUGAUGCAAACCAAAAUUGGAUUGAUCAAUUUCUUCAAACAUCACUCCGUCCAACCAUCUGCAUUUACGCCGAAGGUAAUGGAACUGGAGAAAAAAGCGUUGGUACUUCAAGCAAAGGGCGGUGUUAUGCUGAAUGUUGUCAGGGAUCCGCUGGCUUGAUCGGUAGGAAAAGGUGUUUUGUGUGGAAAAAAUUUAUUUUUUUGUUGGCUUAGAAAAAUAUUCUGCGAUCUUAAGCUCUUAUACAACACUAGAAUCACAUGAAAAUUUGUAAUAAUUUAUAAUAAAUCAAGUUACACCUUUCACAAGACGGCUAACAUGUCA